ACACACGCGACACACGAUUGUGGCAAUGGUAAGCUUGCCUAAUGGUAUUAUACAUUAACUCCUAUCUAAUUAGGUCACGUUGUCUGAGCAGAAAGCCUCGAGCGCCCUGGCCAUAGCUUGCCCCUGUUGCACCCCGAAAAUGCGCUUUACGUUGCCGCCAGGGCAGUUAUUACUGCUCGCUUUGGCGGUCUGUGGUUCUUUGGCUUACGGCUAUCGCGAUGGGCAGCCGAGCAGGCUUGUUGAGAAAGAAAUCAACUUCCCGUUGGUCUCAGACUCCUUGUCCGACACACCUCUUAUUGAUCCACCCAAGCGAAUUGCGGGCUAUUUCAAGCUAAACAGGACGCACGAUGCGCGCAUGUUUUACUUCUACUUCCAGUCACGGAGCUCACCUCAGACAGAUCCCGUAGUGCUUUGGAUGACGGGCGGCCCCGGGUGCAGCAGCGAGAUCGCCAUCUUCUUCGAGAACGGCCCCUACUCCAUCAACAACGACACCCGCACCCUCUCCGAAACCAAGUACGGCUGGGACAAGCACCACAACAUGAUCUUCGUGGACCAGCCCAUCGGCACGGGCUUCUCGUACAGCGAGGACUCCCGUGACACGGUGUUUGACGAGGAGGUGGUGGGUAACGACAUGCUGGACUUCCUGUACGAGUUCUACAGGGCCCACCCGGAGGUGCUGGACAACGACUUCUUUGUCACCGGGGAGAGCUACGCGGGCCACUACGUGCCCGCCGUCUCCAACGCCAUCUACCGCGCCAACGAGCUGGGCACCGGCCCGCUCACCCUGCCCCUACGCGGGCUGGCCAUCGGCAACGGCCUGACCCACCCCUCGCUGCAGUUCCCCGCGUACGCGGACUUCGCACUGGACAACGGACUCAUCAGCCAGGGGCUGCACGACUCCAUCCAGUGGUGGAUGCCGCUGUGCACCUGGGGGGCGGACUUCUGCGACAACCACGGCUGGAGGCUGGCGUGCGUGCUGGCGCUGCAGGUGUGCCAGCUCACCAGCUUCCAGCGCAUCCUGGCCGCCAACCCGCGCAUCAACGUGUACGACAUCACCAAGACCUGCGAGGGGGCGCUGUGCUACGACAUGAGCGCAGCGGACGCCUUCCUCAACCGCCCCUCCACGCGGCGGGAGCUGGGGGUGGACGAGGGGCGCGGCUGGGCGGAGUGCGACAUGACCGUGAAUGGGAACUUCAUGGGCGACUGGCUUCGUUCCUACUCCAGGCUGCUCCCCGCGCUGCUUGAGGACGGCAUCCGGGUCAUGGUGUACGCGGGCGACCUGGACCUCAUCUGCAACUGGGUGGGCAACCAGAGGUGGGUUGACGCGCUGGAGUGGGACCAGUCGGAGCAGUGGCCCUCCGUGGAGCCGGUGGAGUGGCGGGUGGCGGCGGGGGAGCAGCCGGCGGGGACGGUACGGCAGCUGGGGCCGCUGUCGUUCGUGCGCGUGUACCAGGCGGGCCACAUGGUCCCCAUGGACCAGCCCCGAGCCGCCCUCGACCUCAUCACCCGCUUCACGCGCGGCAAGACCCUCGCCGAGGAGCAGCAGCAGGUGGAGCAGGCGGAGGCAGGGGUGCUGCAGCAGGGGUAUGUGAAGGAGGUGGUGGCGGGGGCGCGCAAGCGGCAGGAGACCUACCGGCGGGACAAGUACCCCGAGGAGGGGGUGAAGGAGGCGGGUGCGGGUGCGGGGGAUGUGGUUAAGCUGGCGCUGGGGCGGCACGGGGUGCGGGAGCAGCAGCAGCAGCGGGGUGGGGAGGAGGUAGCGGCGGCUUAGGCAGGCCGCGCAACCUAUAUGUACAUGUGCCAAUAUUGUACGACAGCAGAAGAUUGAAAGUGUGUAUUGAGGCGCAGGAUGACAGGAAGAGGGCAGGUUGGGGGAGUUUAGCUUUAGUUGACGUUGCUGUUGUUGCAUCUUAUGUACUGGCGUUUGUCGGAUGUGUGAUGCCAGGGCGGGCGGGAGGCGGGAUGUGCCCCCCUGGGGACAGGGAGCGAGUGCCCCGCUGGCUGCCCCUUCCUUUUUGGUUCCCCUGUGGGGACUGAAGGGCUCCGUUUUGUACAUCUUUUAGGCAAUGUACUACUUUGGGGAUGAAGGCAGGUUGGAAGUUGAAAGCGUUAAACCAGCUUCUCCACCCACGUAUGCCUCACCAUGCUAGGGGGGCCCUUACCGUGGUUUGUAGCAAACAUCUGUAUCAAACAGCCGUGUCUAAACUGUGUACCUGUAAAGUGCAUGAGGCGCGGGUUGGAUUUGUGAUGUACGUUGUAUACGCCUGACCUGAGGGCACAGCAGCAGCAGGGUCGGCUGCGGGUGUGUGUGUCCCCUCCCGCUGUUGAGGCGGUGCUGCAUGUGUCCCUGCGGGUCCCGUCUGCACGGGAUGCGACCUUGCAGUCAUGCAUGCAGCGAGUCUGCGGACGGACACAGCCCCUUUGUAAAGAGUGCAGGUGCCGUGUCAUGUAACGUUAUGGA